AUGUCUUUGCCUAUGACACCAACAGCUGCGAUCAAAGAAGUGGCGAAGGCGACACCCGUCGUCAUUGAGAGAGGAGAAGAAGAGGAGCACCCGUUGCAGACGAAAUGGUCGCUCUGGUACGACAAGAAGAUGCCCAAGAAAACUGAUGUUGGAACGUACCAGUCAAACUUGCAGAAAAUUGCCACGUUCGGUUCGGUCGAAGGCUUUUGGCGCCACUACAUCCACGUAAAGCGUCCUUCGCAACUGAGCCGCGAUGUGAACCUGUACCUGUUUCGUGAUCAACCCAACUGCGCUCCUAUGUGGGAGGCGUUCCCGCAGGGUGGCUGCUGGAUCCUCAAGAUCAAAAAGAAAGCGAACGUGCUCGGGAAGAUGUGGCAGGAUCUGGUCUUUGCCGCAAUCGGCGAGGCGUUCGAGGAACUUGAUGUUGUGGGUAUUGCAAUGGCCAUUCGCUCAAAGGAGGACAUGCUGUCCGUCUGGAAUGCUGACAACUCGGACGACAGUAGGCGCUUUGCCAUCGGGGAGAAGCUCAAGGAGAUCCUCAUGUUGGACUCCAACACGCUGAUCGAAUACAAGUUCCACGCGAACUCCAUUCGGGACAUGUCGACUUUCCGCAAUGCGAAGCCAUACGUCUUUGCUGCCGCGACACCGACCGCGGCUAACUGA